UGUUUAUCCUCAUCGUUGUGGUGUUGAUGCUCCUCUGUACCCUGAGGUGUGUGUGUGUGUGUGUGUGUGUGUUGUGUACUCGCCCGAGUGUGUGCUGAGCAGGCUUGUGCACGCCUGACACACACACACACACACACACACACUUGCACUUCAUCCGACAUUUGUGAGGCACCUGGGCCUGGCACCGCCCUGCCCCGCCCCCGGCCCCGGGCGGCCAAUGGCGGCGGCGGGGCGGAGCGGGCCGGGGCGGGGCCGCCUUAUAUGACGGGUGGGCGGCGCGCGGCGGCAGUGGUGGUGGCGGUGGUCGCAGGUGAGGAGCACAGCCCCGCGAGCCUGAGUGUCAGGUGGCCGUCAAGGAGCCGCCGGGGCCGCAUGCCCAGCGCGCCAGCAUGCCGCGGCCGACGCGGGAGAGCUACGGCGAGCAGAAGCCGCCCUACUCGUACAUCUCGCUCACCGCCAUGGCCAUCUGGGGCAGCGCCGAGAAGAUGUGCACGCUGGCGGAGAUCUACAAGUUCAUCAUGGACAACUUCCCCUACUACCGCAAGAACACGCAGCGCUGGCAGAACUCCCUGCGGCACAACCUCUCCUUCAACGACUGCUUCAUCAAGAUCCCGCGGCGCCCAGACAGGCCGGGCAAGGGCGCCUACUGGACGCUGCACCCGUCCGCCAUGAACAUGUUCGAGAACGGCAGCUUCCUCAGGCGCAGGAAGCGGUUCAAGAUAGCCAAGCCGGAGAAGGUAGCGCUGGAGGCCGGCCUGGCGCAGAUCAACAACCCGCUGCGCCGGCUGGAGGCGACGCGGUGCGCCGGCGAGACGCUGCUGCCCGCCGCCGUGCCGCCGCCGCCCCCGCCCCGCCAGCCCUUCACCGUGGAGCACCUCGCCACCUCCGACGCUAAGCUGCCGCCGCCCCCGCCGCCCCUGCCCGGCGCCGCCCUGCCCCUGGGAUUCCUGCCGCCCACAGCCCUGCCGCCGCGGCCAUUCCACUACUUCCACCCACACGCAGAGGCGCUGCCGCCCCGCCUGGGCCCCCCACCGCCCGCCCUGCUGGCCGCCGCGCCCUACCCGCACCUGGCGCCCUUCACGCCCUCCCUCCACCACCUGUACGCGGCGGCGGCCAUGGCGGCGGCCCUGCCCCGACCCUCCGCGCCCCUGCCACACAUGGCCCUGGCCUCCCUGUCCGUCCUCAGCCCCAUGGCCGCCCACUACUCGCGGCUCCCGCCUACUACGACGACAGCAUCGGCGAUGGCAUCGGCGAUGGCAUCGGCGUCGGCGUCGGCGUCGGAAAAGGGGCCUGCAGCCUCAGAUUACUCAGUGUCGCGGCUCCUGGCGGCGCCCUGCGCCCCCGGGGACGACCCCGACGACGAAGAUGACAGCGACGACGACAUCGAAGUGGCGGACGAGGCGGGGUUUGGGGGCGCGGGGGGUGGGGGGGAGGGCGCGCAGGACAAGCGGGGUCAGGAGGCGCCCCCGCUGCCCCCCGGUGACCUGUUUCUCCGCACCUCCCCGCCCGUCCGUUCCAUCUGACGGUGACACACGCCCUUCCCGCCCCCCGCCAGCCCCCAGCCUCACGCCCACGCCUAAGGUCUAGUCCGGAGACGCGGGACGCACACGCCAGCGCCUUCGCCUCACCAGCCACCCUCAGGGCCUCCUGCUGUGUUUCCCCGCCCUCUCUCACCCCCUGUGUUGACCAGUGCCACCCUCCCCCCGUCUUUCAUCCGCCACCCUACACACACUCCCCGGGCCGCCAAGCACCCAAGUGGCGGCUCAUCAACUUUUCGCAUCAGUUCGUCGUGUUUUCAGGUUGUCAGACUCGCUGUGACGCAGGUAACUCCAAUUCUUUUCUCGAUAGCCCGUAAAAAAGCAUAAUAGGCCUUGAAUCAGGUAAUAAUGCGAUAUCGAUUAAAUGUUUGGGAAUAUUACAUGUAGCUCGAUGUUCUGGGCUUUUUUGUUAUCGUUAAAAUAAUGUGAAAAGCCACAGAGUCAUCUAACGCUAUUUUGGCCGAACGCUCCAAAUAAUGUCACUGGCUGAGAGACUUCCACUUCAAGGCGAACAAAACGGUAUCAUUCUCUUAACGUUCUCUUUCUUCUCUCUUGUUUGUCUCUUGCCUUCUUCUCUUUACAUUUAUUCUUUCUGCUUUUCUUGGUUAUUUUUGUUCUUAUAUUGCCUUUACCACUUUUUAUUUUUUUUUAUUUUUAUUUUAUUUCCUUUUUUUCUGGUUUUCUCAUUUAGUCUUUCUGCUUUUCUUGGUUAUUUUUUUUCUUAUAUAGCCUUUACCAUUUUUUAUUUUUUAUUUUUCUUCUAUUUCCUUUUCUUUUUUCUGGUUUUCUCAUUUAGUCUUUCUGCUUUUCUUGGUUAUUUUUGUUCUUAUAUAGCCUUUACCAUUUUUUAUUUUUUUAUUUUUCUUCUAUUUCCUUUUCUUUUUUUUUG